AUGGCUCUCUCGCAGUUGCUUUCUGUUGCAUGUGCUGCUCUCUGUGUGUGGGCUGCAGCGGCAGUGGAACAGCCACUGGUGGACGAUUUCAGUCCGACAGCCAUGUAUGUGCAUGAUGCAAUAGCUGCUGCCGAGCACUUUGACCCUGAACACCGAAGGAACGCCCAGGAAGAGUUGCUGGCUGCAGCUGAACAGACUGUUGCCAACGAAGACCCUGUUCAGAAGCUUGUGUGGCGGGAGCUCUUCCGUUUCAGCUCGAUGGUGUACGAGGACGUCGAGGCGUGGGCCAAGAUGGGAAACGUUGAUCUCGAAGAACACCUCCAGUCUUUGAUUAAUGCAGAGCACAACCCCUACGAAGAAACGGAGUACUCUGCGGCGGUGAGGGAAUGCAUGACAUCUGAGCUGCGGCUCGACUGGCAAGCAGCCCGUAUAGAACACGUUUUUGAACACGCCCUUCGGACAUUAUCUGUGAACGAGCAGCAAGACCUGGCGGAUUUGACGGAGAAAUACGAGCCUUUAGCUCGCUUUCUUAAUGCGCUGAAGGAGUAUUUCGCACGACGUCGAGGCCAGGCCGUCCUCUAUCACCGGAAACACCUGUUGGAGAUGCUGGCGAACCACGGCGAUAAGGCAGCGCCUCAGCUGCUCCUUGCAGCGGAAGACGAAAUAAAAGAAAAAACCAAAGUGCUUCUAACUCACAUGGAGCGGUUAGAAGACGCUGCACAGCAGUGCUACGAAUCCGGCCAGCUGUUCAAGGGUGCCGUUACUUUCAUUAGGGGGUUGCAUCGCGUGGGAUAUGAAUAG